AUGAAUUUUGUUUUAUUUCCACUUUCUCUUUUAGAAAUCACUUCCGACUGGCCAGAGCUGCAGAAAUUGCCCACAAAGUCCGCAGCAGCAGCAGCAGCAGCCCCUCCGCGCCCGCCGAGCCUCCUUCUGUGUGCAGCUCGGCUUCCCGGCCACACGGGCGCAAACCCGCUUUGCUGCAGCAGCAGCAGCAGCGUCUCAGCAGCAGCUGCUGCUCCCCCGUGCCCGCAGGUGCCUCCAAAGCAGCGGCAAAAACAGCAGCAGCAGCAGCGACAGAAAUACAAGCAGCAGCAACACACCUCCCGCACCAGCAGCACCAGCACCAGCAGCAGCAGCAGCAGCAGCAGCAGCGGGAGAAUGGCGGAGUCUCUGUCGGGGGCCUUCGGGCCUCUGCCUUAUCCGGAGUUUUCCAACAUGUUGUUUGUUUGUUUUCCAGUUUUUGUUUUAAUGGUUUGUGUCCAUGUAGUUCGAGGAGACUCUGGAGGCCCUGGGUACUUGGGUCUUUUUGCUGCUGCUGCUGCUACUUUGCUGCGCUGCGCCGGCGAAGAGGCGGCGCUGCUGCUGCGGGGGGGCCCCCUGGGGGCCCCCAGGGCCCUCCUGAGGGCCCCCGCGCUGCUGCUGCUGCUGGCCCCGCUGGCCAGCUUCUGUGGCUUCCGGCUGCUGCCGCUGCUGCUGCGCCGCAGCGCUUUUGCUGCUGCUCAGAUCUGCAUAUCUCCUGCUGCUGCCUUUGCCCCCGUGGCUCUCGUCCGCAGCCGCAGCAGCACAGCAGCAGCAGCAGCAGCAGCAGCCACAGACUGGCUUGCUGCAGCCUGGCAGCAGCUCAAGCUCCGCAGGCUGCUGCUGCAUGCAUUCUACUGCAGCAGCAGCAGCGCGGUCGUCUGGCUUGUUGCUGCGCCCCUCGUGCUCUACGCUGCGGGGCUGCUGCUGCAGCAGGCGCAGCAGCAGCAGCGGCAGCACGCCGGCGCUGCUGCGGGGCCCAGGGGCUUUGCUGCUCGCUUCGUGCUGCAGCACCUGCUGCUGCUGCCGCUCCUCGCCUCGCUGCUGCUGCUGCUGCUGCUGCACUUCCUCAACUUCAACCACGUCUGCAUCUUCGGCUUCAUGCCGCUCCUCUUGGCUCUAAACUUCGUCGUUUUCGCCGCAGACCCAAAAAUGGCGAUAGGAGCUGCUGCGGAGGGCUGGGUGUCUUUGGUUUCAAUGCGCUGGUGUCUGGCUUUUGUUUGCUUCGGCUUUUUUCUGUUUGAAGCUCCUCUGUACGACGUGCUGCUGCUUGCUGCUGCAGCAGGUGCUGCUGCUGCAGUUGCUGCUGCUUCUCUCGCGGCUCUGCCCUUCGCGCUCGGGGCCGCGCUCGCCGCCGCAGCAGCAGCAGCAGCAGCAGCAGCAGCGCCAGGAGCAGCAAAUGGGCUCAUCUUCGAUGUUAUUGAAAGCCCUGUUGGGCCGCUGCUUGCUGCCUUCUUGGGUGCUGCUGCUGCUGGCGUUUUCAGCCAGCCGCGGCUGCUGCUGCUGUCCUUAUUUGCUGCUAACAGAGAAGAAGGCAGACUGUGGGCGCGGCUGGCUUUAGUGUUCAGUUUUUAUUUCUGUCUCGUUUUCUUGCCUUUCUCUUCUGUAUCUACACCUGAAUCCCUCACUCAAUUCUUCUUCGGCGCUUCGCCCUCUCUGUACACCGCGCUUCUGCGUCAAGAUGUCGUCGUCGGCGCCUUGGCCGCCAAAAUUUGCCUCUUUUGGCCUUCGCUGUUUCUGCUGUCACCUCACCCGACGCUGAAGAAAGUCAUUAGUGUGUCGCUUUCCGUUUCUGUCUUGGUGGCGAUGGCGUCAGACCACUGGGGCACCAUCGGCCCGGGCUUCCUGGGGUGUCUGGCCUGCCUUUACUAUUUGCUGUUCAAGGCGAAGCAGAAGCAGCAGCGGCAGCAGCCGCUGCUGCUGCUGCUGCAGCGCCCGGUGCUGGAGACGGAGCAGCAGCAGCUGCUGCUGCAGCUGCUGCUGCAGCUGCAAGCUGCCUCUGCACCCACAGCAGCCGUUGCUGCUGCCCCACAGGCCCUGGCUGUUCCUGCCGCUCCUGUGCAGGCUGCUGCAGCAGGCGUUCCUGCUGCACUGCUGGCUGGCGCUGCAGCGGCGGGUGCUGCCGCAGCAGCAGCAGGAGCGGGGCUGCAGCAGCAGCUGCAGCAGCAGCUGCUGCUCUUAGAAUGA